AUGGCCAGGGACAGGGAACGGGGAGACAGCAGCAUCUCGCCGUCUGCCGGCCAAUCAAAACGGCCUGCAAACCAGCAUGACAGCGAUUCAUUGGACAGCGACCAGACACAUCACAGUCAACAGCAUCAUCAGCAGCAGCAGCGGUCGCAUCACAAACCACAGAGACACCAUGUCGGAGGUGGAGGCGCCCGCUUACAUGCAAGAGUCCCGUCAUCCAAAGGGCUCUCCAAGCACAACACCUCCGCAUCAUCCACAAAACUCAACCGCCGAGUCACCUCUCCCUCACCAGAGCGACCAACGAUCCACCGCCGAAAUCACUCGUCCGAGGUCAAACUAUCCCGCGACCCCUCUACCACAAGUCUCAAGAAGAACCACUCCCAGACGAGCUUGAAGCGCAACCGCUCCCAAGUCGAGGUCGCCAAACGUACCAAGCCCUCGGGCCAACUGAAGCGCUCCUCCUCGGAGAAGGCUGUCAACAAGUUCAAGUCUUCAAAGUCGGCGGUACAUUUCGACCUCGGCAACGACGGCCAAGAAGACGAGUGGAUUGAUGCUAGCAGUUCCGCGUCCCCCUACCUGUCGAGACGCGGAUCCAUCAAUACCAGUGGGCAGUCUUCGGGGAAUGCACAAGGGAGCGCCGCCGGGAGUCCAUCAGGAGGCGUCAACGGCGACGAGGAACCCACCCCUCUGGCGGAGCCGCAGAAGCUCCUCUUUGCCGGGGACAAGGAACACAGUCGGACCUUGACCUCAAGACUGCUUCAGCGGACACCAUCGCAUAGCGCAACCACCGGCAUGUCCAACACAAUGGCAAUGGCCCGGGCAAGAUCACCCGAUAGUCGGCAUUCUGCCAGUACGCUGUCCGUGACGCCGGCACAGCCCCAGGGCGUUGUCGGCAGCAAUGGUCAGGAGGAGGUCACGUCACGCUUCGUCUCACAGACCGCGGCUAGCUCGUUCUCAGGCUCGGGUCCCAGGAGGCCCAGGUCCAUAGGCAACUUCCCCUCGUCAACCAACAAUGGACUGUCCGGCACCACCGAAGUGCGCGAUGAUGACGAUGACUUGACAGACGAAGAGGACACGGGUGUGACAAGCAGUGCAAUAGCAACCACGGCUCGGUCCAGGGAGGUGGGCACAGUGGCAGCAGCACCAUCUGAGAAGAGCCGCACACAGCAGAAGAUAAACCUCCAGCGGGCCAGCUCGGUCAUGGAGCCGGUUCGUCACCGGCACUCCGGGAUUGGCGGCUUCGCGGCUGAGGUGGCCGAGGUGGCGGGUCCCUUGCUGGGUGGCGCAGGGUACGAGUCGCAGGAUCCGAGGGUAAACAGGCUUCUUGAGCGCACUGGGGUGGAGUACAACAUAGUACGUCGCUACCAGAACCCCGUCGCCCGCAGCCUAGCACGGCUGGCACAGCUCCCUGGCAAUGACAGUGCGAGGAGGAUACCACGGCCAGGAACGUCCGGCGGUGCUGGUAAUCGUAGCUCUGUGAACUUGACUGGUGGCGGGCAGUUCGGUCUGAGCCAGAGCUUCAGAGACGUCCGGGAUGGCGCCAAUGGGGCGCGCAGACCGGCGACUCCUAGGCGGGCCAAUACCUCGGUCAGACAUAGCGGCACCGGCUCUAGCUUGGACACGGAUGAUGGUGGCGCCAGCAGACUACACGAAGGGCAAGGCCUCAGUGGGGCCAGCCUUGUCAACGGCGACGACGACGACGGGAUCCAGGCGAUACUGCGGAGUAUGUGGGACAAGAGCACUUUAGACUUGGCCGCAAGCCAGUAG